UUUGUCAUAGUCUUGCUAGUUGCUAGUAAUUAGUAUUCCAGUUUGAGAUUUAAGAUAGAUCAGGCAAAUUACUAUAAGUAAUUCAUAAUAAGUGUUUAGUCUUUAUUUAUUGUAUGCACUUCUUUGUUUUAUUUUUUUCGUUUCAUAAAGUGACUGAUCCUUUAUGUCCGUAACAUAUGGAUACUUGUACAUAUGACUUUAACAUUGAGCUGACUUUAUGUAAUAGUAUUGAAAUUCUUAUCGCCAACUAAAAAUUGACACGACGACUUAAAUUAAAUAUAAAUGACAUGACUCACAACAGUGAUGACCGGAAAUAUGACCAACCAAAUUACGCUCGACUUUUUGUUGUAUGCGGUAGGCGAACUAGAGAAGAAGACUUAAGAAAACUAUUUGAAGAGUAUGGUACUAUAGACGACUUGUAUGUGCCACGGGACCGUAAUACUGGGGAGAAUAAAGGGUACGCGUACAUUAAGUAUAAAAAAACCUCUUCUGCUGCUUUAGCAAUUAAAGCGUUGCAUCUAAAGAGCAUCAAUGGAAAACCUAUGAAAGUUAUGGUUGCUGCAAACAAAAAUGAGUCUCAACUAUCUGAUCAGUAUGGUGACAAAUUCACACGACUCUUUAUAAAAAUACCUAAAGAAUAUACUGAAACUGACAUUAUUGACAAGUUUUCUAAAUUUGGACAAGUACAAUCAGUUUACAUAGUAAAGGAUAGAAAUACUAAUACCAAUAAAGGGUUUGCAUAUGUUAAAUAUGGUGAAUUUUAUGAUGCUGCAUUAGCUUUUGAAAAAUGUGACAAAACUUACAAAGCACUUUUUGCUGCUCCUAGAGACUUAAAGCGUGAUAGGAGUGUACUGGAAGAUGAAAGUUUUUUACAUCACUCACAAAAAAGAGCAAGGAACAAUUUAGACACUGUUAACCAAGAGCCUAAUUUUGAGAUGAACAAAUUUAAUGCCUUUCCAAGUAUGACUGGUCAAGAGUACAGAACCAUUUGUGUAAAAUGUGUCCCAAUAAUACCUGAAAAAUAUAUUUACCAACUUUGCAACAUUAUACCUGGAUUGCAGAAAUGUCAAUACUCUAUAGAUAGUUACAAUGGUAUAUGUAGUGCUAAUGUAACUUAUGAAGAAUCUAAGUAUGCGGCUUAUGCUGUACAAAAACUAAAUAAGUUUGAAUUUCCAUCAGGAGAAAUAAUUUCUGUGAAACCAGAUGCGAAUCCCUUGGCACAAGUUGCGACUGACCUAACAGACAUAGUAAAUAAUUUUAAAACUUCUGUUGAUUCAGGGGUAGGCCUUUUAAAUUUGGCAAAUGCUAUUGAAAAAGCUUCCUCUUUGAUUAAAGCUGCAGCUAGUGGUCAACUAGAGACUAAAGAAAACCCAAAUUAUUGUAAUAUACCAUUACCUCCUCUCAGACCAAAAUCAAAUACUUUAAAAGUUGCAAAGAGAUUGUUUAUCAUUUGUAAACCUGAACCACCCCCUGUGCCAGUGUUGCAUGAUGCAUUUUGUCGAUUUGGUGACCUUAUUGGUGUCUCUACUUUUCCAAAUAAGACAUUCGGCUUUGUAAAAUAUGCUUCACAUGAUUCCGCACAGGAAGCCAUGAAUGUUUUAAAUGGGGCACUAAUAUGUGGAAUGAAGCUAAAAGUAAUUGAAGCUGAUGAGAAGCCACACAGUGAAGAUAAUACUGUUACAGAGGAGUUAGCAUCGUGACAACACAUUACAUACAUAUAGGUGGUCCAACUAGUGACGUCAAUAAUUUUUUUUUUAGAUUCGUCACACCUGUAAAUACCCCAUGUAUGCUCCGCGAUUUUUUGUUUUUUUUUCAGGUUAUAUUUUUUUAUUGUUUUCUGCCAGCGAGGUUUCAAAAAUUCAUAGCUUUUUUUGUAGUCGUUAUUUUGCAGUUUUUGUUUCUGUGAAAUGAUUGUCAUAAACGUAGUUCAAAUAAAAAAAUACCUCAGCUUCCUAAAAUUAGUUAAAGCUACUCAAAACCGGUUUUAAAGUGAGAAGUUUAGUUUUUAGCAGGAUUUGGCCAAACAAAAAUACAAAAAGAAGUUUCCAUAGCUUUUGGCUAAAGUUAUUCGAAAUGAUUAUUGCUAGUGUGAAAUAAUACUAUUUAUUAUAAUAAAUUUUAAAUAUAAUAUAUAAAAUUCCUGGCCAUUUAACCUAGCUGGUAGUUCAAACAGUCCAAUUAGCUCUUCGUUUAGGACCCCAGACGGCAGACCACAGGUUGACAAUAAAGAGCGUUUGGAAGUUUAAAGCCCUUACCAAUUAAUGUGAGUGCUCGAUGGUCCAGAUAUGAUAUUUAUGAAGGUUAACUAAUCCAGACCUUUCAAAUCGUGACUCGUCGGUCCAUCUUUUUUUAUAAAAGUCAAGUCGUUUUUCAAAUCGUGGAUCAUUAAUUCAUAGUAGUCGGAUUCAUAGUAGUUAGGAUGUCCGUAACUCAUUUCUACAAAGAUAACAUUUUAAGCCAUAGUGCUACAAUAAUAUUGGUCAUAUUAAGGUUUUAACAUUUUAAGGUUAAAUUUACCAUAUGAAUAAAAGUCGUAAAAAAUAUAUUUUUAAUGCUUUAAUAAUUUUUAGCCUAUCCACAUUAAAAGGCCGAUUACAACAAAAAAAGUCAGUCACCCUGCGGAGUUUUUAAACUUAGCCAGAAGCUAUGGAAACUUCUUUUUGUAUUUUUGUUUGGCCAAAUCCUGCUAAAAACUAAACUUCUAACUUUAAAACCGGUUUUGAGUAGCUUUAACUAAUUUUAGGAAGCUGAGGUAUUUUUUUUAUUUGAACAACAUUUAAGGCAAUCAUUUCACAGAAAAAAAACUGCAAAAUACCUAAAAAAAGAUAUGAAUUUUUGAAACCUCGCUGGCAGAAAACAUUCAAAAAACACAAAAAAAAUUAAGUGGAAACCUACAAAAAAUCGCGGAGCGUACAUGGGGUAUUUUCGUACCCCUCAGGUGUGUGGAGUCUAAAAAAAAUUUUUGACGUCACUAGUUGGACCACCCUGUAUACUUGACAAUAAGUUAUUACAUAAUAACUUAUAUCGAAACUAACAUUUUGUAUAUUUUCUAAACUCAGUAUUUUGACCUGACUAGCUUAUUGAAUGUAAACUCUGACUUGAGAUAUAAUAAAUACGAAAUCACAAUAUGUA